ACUUCCUUUAACAGAAACUCAGGGUGACUCAGAAAGAGUGAAAUUGCUUUCCUCACUACUGACAAUUCAAAAGCUAGAGAAGCAGCAACACUUCGUCAGAUUGCAACGCACCCCUUCCCCAUGAGAGCAUGAAAGAUUAGGGUUAGUGCUCUCUUUUGAAGUAAUAUGAAGCUAGCAAUUGUGCCUUUCUUCCUUUUGUGCUUCCAUUUUGUAACCCCGAAUGGUGUCUGCAACGAUUCAUAUGUUCCACUCUGCAGUGUUUCAGCUAAAGGCACUGCCUCCCUUCUUCAGGAUAUGGACGAAUUUCCAAAAGACAUCUUCACUUUUAACUGCCCUUUGCCUGAUGUGGUGGAAAGUUUCCGUAUGAAGCUGUUUAAGGGGCAGAGCGAAAUCUGUGUUCUCUACAUAGAUAAUGAUGUAAAGCGAGUCACAUGCAAUGAAUUUUGUGAUCCAGUGCAUUCCAAUGAUUCAAUAUCAUUUGUACUCAGAAAUUUAAACAGCAGGCACAGUGAUACUUAUACCUGCUGCUUAGAAGUACUUGUCCCAGUCUAUGCUCAUUGCAAAAUAAGUGAAAAACAUCUAUAUAUCCAAGGCACAGAAGAAUCCUGCUUGCUUUCAGACCUUACAUCAAAGAUCCUGGUUGGGCUCACUGUUUUUUCUGUUGGCUUCUCCAUCUUCUUGCUAAUAGUUUGUUCCUUCAGAGCUAUGGUUUGCCGGCAUGACCCCUCCUCUCGUGAUUACAACAACGAAUAUAUGGCCAUGGCAGCAGUGAAAUUCGGCUAAAAACUCAGCACCAUGUUGGCGUACACUAUUUUGCUUAAUCAGACUGUGAUACUCACCUUCUUGACCAAUUUGUUUCCAAUCGGCUGGUCUAGUGCAAAUCUUAAGCUGAAUUCAAGGAUGUACACAUGAGCAGGAAGAGACAGGUGUAUAUACUCCUCUCACCUUCCUAAUAUAUCUGUUACCUUUUCUUCUACUUUCAAUGAAAGCUAGCUUAUUGUUGUAUUUAAACCACAAAUUGUGGUCUGCAGCUACUAUUGAUCAGUUAAGCAAACUAGGAGAAUAAUCCAAGGUUUGAUAUUAGACUGUUUUGAUGGUGUUGACACCAUUACAUACUGAGCGGUAUAAAAAUUGGUUGUUUUCUGUUAUAGCAAGAGAAAAAAGAACAUCAGCUUAAGGUGCAUCUUAUAUUUACUUAAUACUACACAAAGUCUGGUAAUGAAUACUUUAGAGUAAGUAUAGAAAGUUAUUGAGGUUUCCCAUUGGUUGUGGAAGAAAAUGUCAAGCUAUACUGCUUGAAAGACUGCUACUGAAUUCUCCUACACAUUUAGUCUAUCUAUAUUUUUUGCAUAUAUAAUAUAUGAAACAUAUCCACACAUUGUUUUGUGACUUAGAGUAAAGCUGGGUAGGUGGGGCUCGUCAGCCAUGGAAGGCAGCCCAUCUAGGAGAAGAAAAACUCCAAUUUCAAACCUCCACUG